CUCACAAGUCACAACCAUAAUAUUAUUUUGUUUUUCAUAUUUUAAUGAACACGUUUCGUCUACUUGGUCAUCGACGUCUCGAUUUUACCAUACUAUUAUUAUUAUUAUUAUUCGACAAUUUAGAAACUUUGACAUCCAUUGAACCUCGGCUACCCAAAACGUGAUUACGGACGAUUUCAUUACAAUUCAGACGGUACGAAAUCAACAAUGCAGUCACUUAUCCAAGUUGUAAAUAAGCUACAAGAUGUUUUUGCAAUAGUUGGUGAACAGCAGAUCGCCGACUUACCACAAAUCGUGGUAGUGGGAACACAGAGUUCCGGUAAAAGCUCUGUGCUAGAAAGCAUAGUGGGAAAAUCAUUUUUACCUCGAGGAACUGGUAUAGUUACCAGAGCGCCAUUAGUUAUACAAAUGAUAAGAUAUACUGAGGAAACAAAAAAAUCCAUGUUGAAGUCUUAUAACAUCGAAGACAAUGAAAACAUAACAGAAUGGGUAGAGUUUCUACAUAAGCCUAAUUUUUAUUUUUUCGAUUUCGAUUUGGUACGCAAUGAAAUUGAAUGUAGAACAAACAUUCUUGCAGGAAAUAAUAAUGGCAUCACUAACAGUCAAAUAUUAUUGAAAAUUCACACUAAUCGCUAUGAUCUGACUUUUGUAGAUUUGCCAGGUAUAACAAAAGUGGCGGUUGAAGGUCAACCUGAAAAUAUAGAUGAACAAAUACAGAAAUUGAUUAUGUCUUAUGUAAAUAAGGCAAAUUCUAUUAUUUUAGCAGUGGUGACUGCGAAUACGGAUCCGUCAACAAGCGAAAGCCUUCAAAUAGCAAAAAAAAUGGACCCAGAUGGCAUCAGAACAAUAGCUGUAGUGACAAAAUUGGAUCUGAUUGAUGAAGGUACAUUACAAGACACUAAAGAUUUUCUGUGUGGUCGCAGGAUUCCAGUGAAACUAGGUAUCAUAGGUGUGGUGAAUAGAAGUCAAAAAGACAUCGUUGAAAAUAAAUCAAUGGACGCGGCGCUAUCUGCAGAAACAGAAUUUCUAAAAACUAACUAUCCAGAUAUAUGUACGAAACAUGGCAACAAAGCAUUAGCUCGUACAUUGCAGAUGAUUUUGAUUACGCACAUUAAAAAGGUUUAUCCAAAACUUAAAGUUGAGCUUGAAGAAAUGAAAAAUAAAUUAGGGAGGAAAUUAUUGUUACUGCAUACUCCUGAGAACAAAGUAUCAUUUGUAAUAGGACUUUUAAAAGAUAUCAGCAAAUCCUAUGAAGACACUGUGAAUGGAAAUCAAAAUGAUGUUUCGGUCGACGAAAUUAUUGGCGGCGCAAGUGUCACUCGAAUAAUCCAACAAAAAUAUUUAAAGACUAUAAAUGCCAUAGAACCAUUACAGGAUUUAACUAACGAAAAUAUAGCAACGAUACUAUUAAAUACAUCAGGCACUAACCAAAGUACUUUUGUCAACGAAAAAGCUUUACAAAAAAUUUUAAGCCGCCAAUUAAAGAACUUGAUUGAGCCGUCAUUAGAUUGCGUAGAAUUGGUGCGCAGUGAGAUGUUACACAUAUUGAAUUCCAUUGAUGUCAGAUUGUUGGACACACUUAGGCGAUACCCACAAUUGAAUGAAGACGUACGAAAAGUUUUUGAAAAGUUACUGGAGGAAAAUGUGAAAAAUAUCAAAGAUUUUAUUGAAUCGUACAUAGAAUCAUAUCAGGAAUGUUUAGAUACAGCCAAUCCAGAUUUUAUAUUGGAAAUAGUAAAAUCAAAUAAUACGAUUCAAGAAGAAAUUCUAGCUGCUGCAAAUAUAAAUAAUUACAAAGAUGACUGUGACUCUUCUUCUGACGGGAAUUGGAAAGAUAUGAGCCAGCACAAAAAGAUUGAAAUUAGUAGAAUACAAAUGUUAAAUCAGUUAUUAACAGGUCUUAAUAACAACGACGAAUCUUUAGAAUCGUCUGAACAAGUCAAACUACAUAGGGAUUUAAGUCAAUGUUAUUUUGAGUACAUCAGGAAAAUUGUGCGGGACUUUGUGCCUAAACGAAUUAAACACAAAAUGAUAAAUUGUUUUUUAAAAGUCCUCGAUAAGCGUUUAAAUGAAGAAAUAUUCCAAACCUAUUUAAUUGAAAAGAAAAUUGAUGAGGUACUUUUAGAAGAUGAAACUUUUCAAAAGGACAGAAAUAAUGUUGAAACCAAGUUGGAUGCAGUUAUGAAAGCGCUGAAAACUAUGAUUGAUAUUCAAUAUUUAUAAUCUUUUCUUUGAAAAUAUAUAUUCUUACUAUUAAUAUACAAUAUGAUAAUAAUUACUUUAAAAUAAUGUCGGUUUUAACUUUUAACAUAGGUUAAUUAUAUUUUCUAAACUAUAUUUUUGAUAAUAUAGGUAAAAUAAAUUUCUUUUUAUGCUCAACUUAAAGUAAAGUUUAGAUAUAAGGCACUUUUAUUCUAUGUAACAUGUGUUUUAUUCAUUAAUUAACAAAUGUUUGUGUUUAUUCAUUAAAAUAAUAAUUAUUUUUGAUGACUUAAUUGUGGUGUGAAUAUUUGGUAGGUAAAAAUAAUUAACAAUAUAACUUAUAAGUUUCAUUAACUGAGCUGCACAUCCCAAUAAAUAAAAAGGUGGGUAAGUGGAUGUC